AUGGCGGCCAUGGUGAUCCGUGUAUUGCUGGUGAGUUUUGUGAUGGCCAGUGCCACGCCAAGGCUUUCUCCAUGCGUACCAGCUGAAGGAUCCUGCAACCCCUCCCUGGAUCGUUGCUGCCAAGGUCCAGGGUUGAUGACUUGCCGCCUGCGCUCGAACACCAAAGAUGCUGGGAUGUCCUACAAGUGCGGUGCCGAGUUCACACAUCAGGCAGUGUCGCAGCCCAAGUGCAUUCCUGAAGGAGAUUUUUGCGAUACUGACAGCAGAACAUGUUGCCAACUGGAAGACAAGAUGCCUCUCAAGUGCAUCAAGCCCGAGCACGAGAAGGCCGACUCUACAGGAGAGGUGCGUCCGAAGUGCCUGGCGGAAGCUGAGACCUUCAGCGUCGAAGCCUGCGUGGAAGAGGGAUCCAGUUGCAGUCCAUUGCAGAACCGCUGCUGCCAGGGGCAAGAGAGGAGCUUCCAGCAGGUGUCCCGCCAGUUUUUCAACCUGCCUGCGGACGCAAAUGAGCCUCCAGUGGUCAUCAAAGAGGAUUAUACCUUGGCUGCGGCCUUCAGUGGAUUGGGCCUUGUGCUUUGUACGUUGCCUUUCUUUGGGUUUGGAUUGGGCCUUCUAGUCCUUCUUCUUGGCGUGCUCUUUUUCGUCCAAGCGGGCCGAGUGCGCUUCGUCUUCGACAACGAGGCCUUCGCGGUCCAAACCCUAAGCACCGGAGAGGAGCUCGAGAAGCCAGGCGAAAACAUCGUUGUGGGUGGUGAAAACCGCUGGAAGUAUUCCAGCUUCGUCAACUGGGAGUUCUUCCCGAAGGGCCUGGUUGAGAAGGGCUUGCCACCCGUCUUGGUGUACUUUAAGGAGACUCAGACACCUUCAUCUGAAUGGAACACAGGCCCUGGAGCUGCAGCCAACUCUGAGGAGGCGAUGGCGAAGGGCGCCAAGCCGGGCCAGGUGCAUUUCUUCCCGUGCAUUUGCGAUGCCCAGCAGAUCAAGGCUGAGUUUGAGCGCCGGGGCUGCCAAAAGAUCAGCUGA